GGGAUAUUGCGGGGUGGCAACUCCUUCACACAGCUGAUUUGGUAUUAUUGGCAAUAAUAAUAAAUUUAUCUUCCGAAAUGGUGCGAGUGGGCCUUCAGAUUUCCGCCACGCUGGAAAAUGUCGACCGGCUUGAGACCAGCCAUCCGGACUACCCCUUCUUCGUGAAGCUAGUUUGCAGCAACUGCGGAGAGCAGUCAGACAAGUGGCAUGAUAUCACAGAGGCGGAGCGGGUGCAACAGGACACGCGCAAUGCAGCCGGCUUCAAUUUCUUUAUGAAAUGCAAGAUGUGCAGCCGGGAGAACAGCAUUGACAUUGUUGAAAAGACCAAUGCGGCCUACACUGCGGAUGAUGCGGGCUCUUUCAAGACGAUCGUAAUCUUCGACUGCAGAGGAGUGGAACCAGUCGACUUCUCGCCUCGAUCCGGCUGGAAGGUAUCCAGCGCUGAAAAUGGACAGACAUUUGAGGACGUAGAUCUAUCUGAGGAUGACUGGGUGGAAUAUGACCAAAAAAACAAUAACUCCGUUGGAAUCUAUGAGUUUGCAUCAAAGUUUAUCAAGCUAAAGAAGUGAUUUGAACACAAUACUCAUUGCAUUUUGUUUAGAGCAAUAAAAAAUGUGGUAUAAUUUGUACGAGA